AUGCCUGCUGCCGGAGCACCCGCCGCCAGGGCCAAAUAUAGCUUGCUAGACGACUAUAGCGAAGGCGCGCACCCCGAGGUGCUCGCUGCGCUGCUGCGGAGCAAUGGGACCCAGGAAGUAGGCUACGGGCGCGAUACCUUUAGCGAGGAGGCAAAACACCACAUCCGAACCCAUCUUGGAAAUCAGGACGUCGGAGUCUUCUUUGUUCCCAGCGGCACGUCUGCCAAUGCCAUUUCCAUUGCCGCAUGUCUUCGCCCGCACGAAGCCGUCAUCGCCGCCAGCUCUGGUCACAUUGUCACGCGCGAGACUGGCGCCGUCGAGGCGAGCGGCCACAAAAUCAUCAAUGUCGUCCCAGAGAACGGCAAGUUGACGCCGGCCACGAUCAGCAAGGCACUAGACGAUAACUGGCACUUUCCUCACAUGGCCAAGCCGCGGCUGGUGUACAUUUCCAACGCCACCGAGAUUGGCACCGUGUAUACAAAGGCAGAACUGACGGCCAUCAAGCGCCUGUGCGAAGAGAAUGGGCUUCUUCUCUUUGUCGACGGGGCGCGUAUCGGAUGCGCCCUCACCUCUUCCAAGAACGACGUGACGCUCAAGGAUAUACUCGAGCUGACGGACAUCUUCUGGAUCGGCGGCACCAAGAACGGGGCUCUCCUCGGUGAGGCCGUCGUCGUCAAGCACCCACAGCUGGCCGAGGACUUUGAGUUUUUUGUCAAGCAGCACGGCUCGCUGUUGGCCAAGGGCCGGAUCAUGGGUGUGCAGUUUGCCGAGCUGUUCCGGGAGACCCUCUACUUUGACCUGGCGAGGCAGGCGAACCGCGCGGCGGAGAAGCUGUCGCGAUGCAUCGUCGGCGCCGGGUAUGCGUUGCGCGCAGAAACGGAGACGAACCAGGUAUUUGCGGUCCUCCCUUUGGAACUGGUCAAGAAGCUUCAGCAAAGCUUUUCCUUUUAUAUCUGGGAGAAAUACGACGACGAGUGGGCCGUCAUCCGCCUCUUGACGACGUGGGCUACGGAUCCGGAGCAACUGGAGCGCUUCAAGCAUUGUGGGCCGCGCCUUUCCGCCGCCGCCGCCGCCGCCGCCGGCAGCCCAGGAACAUGCAGUCAAAUGCGGAACGCGAUAUUAUUAAUUGCAGAAACUUUGCACCGGGACGAACCCGUGCUGGCCGGGCUGGGCGCCGUAGUGUACAACCAAACUGCUGGCGAGCGCUCGAUGACCAGCACCAUCAAGUCACGUCCUUCGUCGCAUCGUCUUGUCCCGUGGCUUGCUUCCGUGCAAAGGCACCAGCACGUCCUCAGCGGGCCGGGCAUUGAACCGUCUAUCCGCUGCUCCCACUGUUUCGCAUAA